CCUCCUCCUCCUCAUGCAUAUGGAUGGGAGCAUGCGCGGCCGGGCGGGCUCCCCGCCUGCCGCCGUGGGCUAGAUGAAGGCGAGCGGCGGCGGGGCUGCCAGACGGGCGGCCGGCUCGGGCGGUGCGUGUGCUGCGUGUGAGGGUGGGUGGGUGUGAGCGAGCGAGUGAGCCAGCGUGCGAGGGGGGAGCGAGUGUGGCCGCGGGGCCCGGGGGGCGGGGGGCUCGCCGCCACCUGAACGCGAGGAGAGGGGCGACAAUAAAAAGAGGGACAGGAGGGGAAAAAAAAAAAAAAAAAAAAAAAGAGGGAGAGGUGAGGGAAUAAGGAGAAUAAAAGGAGGCCGGGCUGCCCCGCAUUGAAGAGCGGGGCGCUAUUGAAAGCGCUUGAAAAGCGGCGUUGUUCGGCGCGGGUGCGCGCCGCGGCCGGCGCGGUAUAUUAGAGCGGGGCGGCGGCGGCGGCGGGCAGCAGCGGCGGCGCCUCCUCCUCCUCUACCACCACCACCUCCUCCUCCUCCUCCUUCACCACUACCACCGCCACCUCCUUCACCGCCACCUCCUCCUCCUCCUUCCUCCCGGAGCGAGAGCGGCGGCCUGCGGGCGGGCAGCGCGGCGGCGGCAUGCGGGCGGCCCGGCGGGCGGCGGGCUGCCUCGGCUCCCUCGGCUCCCUGGGCGUGCUGCUGGCCCUGCUGGCGCUGCGGGCACAGGUGACUUUAGCAUCGGGACAGUUUGAGUUGGAGAUCUUAUCCAUGCAAAAUGUGAACGGUGAACUGCAGAAUGGAAACUGCUGCGAUGGCACCCGAAAUCCAGGAGACAGAAAAUGCACCAGAGAUGAGUGCGACACCUAUUUUAAAGUUUGCCUGAAGGAGUAUCAAUCACGGGUCACGGCUGGUGGCCCUUGCAGCUUCGGAUCCAAAUCCACUCCUGUCAUCGGAGGAAAUACCUUCAAUUUAAAGUACAGCCGGAAUAAUGAGAAAAACCGGAUUGUUAUCCCUUUCAGCUUCGCCUGGCCGAGAUCCUACACGUUGCUUGUUGAGGCUUGGGAUUAUAAUGAUAACUCAACUAAUCCUGAUCGCAUAAUCGAGAAGGCAUCUCACUCUGGCAUGAUCAAUCCAAGCCGUCAGUGGCAGACACUGAAGCAUAACGCAGGAGUUGCCCACUUUGAGUAUCAAAUCCGUGUGACUUGCACGGAACAUUACUAUGGCUUUGGCUGCAACAAGUUUUGUCGACCGAGAGAUGACUUCUUCACUCACCAUACCUGUGACCAGAAUGGCAACAAAACCUGCUUGGAGGGCUGGAUGGGACCAGAAUGCAACAAAGCUAUUUGUCGUCAGGGAUGUAGCCCCAAGCAUGGUUCUUGCACAAUUCCAGGAGAGUGCAGGUGUCAGUAUGGAUGGCAAGGCCAGUACUGUGAUAAGUGCAUUCCACACCCAGGAUGUGUCCAUGGCACUUGCAUUGAACCAUGGCAAUGCCUCUGUGAAACCAACUGGGGUGGUCAGCUCUGUGACAAAGAUCUGAACUACUGUGGAACCCACCCACCCUGUUUGAAUGGUGGUACCUGCAGCAACACUGGCCCCGAUAAAUACCAAUGUUCCUGCCCUGAGGGUUACUCGGGACAGAACUGUGAAAUCGCGGAGCAUGCCUGUCUCUCUGAUCCUUGCCACAACGGAGGAAGCUGCUUGGAAACAUCUACAGGAUUUGAGUGUGUGUGCGUGCCUGGCUGGGCUGGACCAACUUGCACUGAUAAUAUUGAUGAUUGUUCUCCAAAUCCCUGUGGUCAUGGAGGAACUUGUCAAGAUCUAGUUGAUGGAUUUAAGUGUAUUUGCCCACCUCAGUGGACUGGCAAAACAUGCCAACUAGAUGCGAAUGAAUGCGAGGGCAAACCCUGUGUCAAUGCCAACUCCUGCAGGAACCUGAUUGGCAGCUACUAUUGUGACUGCAUUACUGGCUGGUCUGGCCACAACUGUGAUAUAAAUAUUAAUGAUUGUCGUGGACAAUGUCAGAAUGGAGGAUCCUGUCGGGACUUGGUUAAUGGUUAUCGGUGCAUCUGUUCACCUGGCUAUGCAGGAGAUCACUGUGAGAAAGACAUCAAUGAAUGUGCGAGUAACCCUUGCAUGAAUGGGGGUCACUGCCAGGAUGAAAUCAAUGGAUUCCAAUGUCUGUGUCCCGCUGGUUUCUCAGGAAACCUCUGUCAGCUGGACAUAGAUUAUUGUGAGCCAAAUCCUUGCCAGAACGGCGCCCAGUGCUUCAAUCUUGCUAUGGACUAUUUCUGUAACUGCCCUGAAGACUAUGAAGGCAAAAACUGCUCCCACCUGAAAGAUCACUGCCGCACAACUCCUUGUGAAGUAAUUGACAGCUGUACAGUGGCAGUAGCUUCUAACAGCACACCAGAAGGGGUUCGUUAUAUUUCUUCAAAUGUCUGUGGUCCUCAUGGAAAAUGCAAGAGCCAAGCAGGUGGAAAAUUUACAUGUGAAUGCAACAAAGGAUUCACUGGCACCUACUGUCAUGAGAAUAUUAAUGACUGUGAGAGCAACCCCUGUAAAAAUGGUGGCACUUGUAUCGAUGGCAUCAACUCCUACAAAUGUAUUUGUAGUGAUGGAUGGGAAGGAACGUAUUGUGAAACAAAUAUUAAUGACUGCAGUAAAAACCCUUGCCACAAUGGAGGAACUUGCCGAGACUUGGUCAAUGAUUUCUUCUGUGAAUGUAAAAAUGGGUGGAAAGGAAAAACAUGCCACUCCCGUGACAGCCAGUGCGAUGAAGCAACGUGCAAUAAUGGAGGAACAUGUUAUGAUGAGGGGGACACUUUCAAGUGCAUGUGUCCUGCAGGAUGGGAAGGAGCCACUUGUAAUAUAGCAAGGAACAGCAGCUGCCUGCCAAACCCCUGCCAUAAUGGAGGUACCUGUGUAGUCAGUGGGGAUUCUUUCACUUGCGUCUGCAAGGAGGGCUGGGAAGGACCCACGUGUACUCAGAACACAAAUGAUUGCAGUCCUCAUCCUUGUUACAAUAGUGGCACUUGUGUGGAUGGAGACAACUGGUACCGCUGUGAGUGCGCCCCAGGCUUCGCAGGUCCUGACUGCAGGAUCAACAUCAAUGAAUGCCAGUCUUCACCCUGUGCCUUUGGGGCUACUUGCAUAGAUGAAAUUAAUGGUUACCGUUGCAUUUGUCCACCAGGUCGCAGUGGUCCAGGAUGCCAAGAAGUUACAGGAAGGCCUUGCAUUACCACUGUCCGAGUAAUGCCAGAUGGGGCUAAGUGGGAUGAUGACUGUAAUACCUGUCAGUGCUUGAAUGGAAAAGUCACCUGUUCUAAGGUUUGGUGUGGUCCUCGACCUUGUGUAAUACAUGCCAAAGGUCAUAACGAAUGCCCAUCUGGACAUGCUUGUGUUCCUGUUAAAGAAGACCACUGUUUCACUCACCCUUGUGCUGCAGUUGGUGAAUGCUGGCCUUCUAAUCAACAACCUGUGAAGACCAAAUGCAAUCCUGAUUCUUACUACCAGGACAACUGUGCCAACAUCACCUUUACAUUUAAUAAGGAAAUGAUGGCACCAGGCCUUACCACAGAACACAUUUGCAGUGAAUUGAGGAAUCUGAAUAUUCUGAAGAAUGUUUCUGUUGAAUAUUCUAUCUAUAUUACCUGCGAGCCUUCACACUUGGCAAACAACGAAAUACAUGUUGCUAUUUCUGCUGAAGAUAUCGGUGAAGAUGAAAACCCAAUCAAAGAAAUCACAGAUAAGAUUAUUGACCUUGUCAGUAAGCGUGAUGGAAACAACACGCUAAUUGCUGCAGUCGCAGAAGUCAGAGUACAACGGCGACCAGUUAAAAACAAAACAGAUUUCUUGGUGCCAUUACUGAGCUCAGUCUUAACAGUAGCCUGGAUCUGUUGCCUGGUAACUGUUUUUUAUUGGUGCAUUCGAAAACGCAGAAAGCAGAGCAGCCAUACUCACACAGCAUCUGAUGACAACACUACCAACAAUGUAAGGGAACAGCUGAACCAGAUAAAAAACCCCAUCGAGAAACACGGAGCAAAUACUGUCCCAAUUAAAGACUAUGAAAACAAAAACUCUAAAAUCGCCAAAAUAAGGACGCACAAUUCAGAAGUGGAGGAAGAUGACAUGGACAAACACCAGCAGAAGGCCCGAUUUGCCAAGCAGCCAGCGUACACUUUGGUAGACAGAGAUGAAAAGCCACCCAACAGCACACCUACAAAACACCCAAACUGGACAAAUAAACAAGACAACAGAGACUUGGAAAGUGCACAAAGUUUAAAUAGAAUGGAGUACAUUGUAUAGCAGACAGUUGGGUGCUGCCAUGCAGGGCCUUUAAAUAUCAUUAUAAAGGCACUCAAGAGCUUGUAGUUCUUAAACUGUUGUGUAAUAUUUGAGUCUAAGGCUAUUAUUUACUUAGAAUCCCUGUGUUAAUUUAAGUUUUGACAAGCUGGCUUACACUGGCAAUGAUAGUUGCUGUGGUUGGCUGGAAUACCAAGUGCUGCAUUUCACAUCUAUGCAAAACUAGUCAAAAGUGCCCUAAUGUAAAUUCAGCUGUAGCUGAUACAUCAUGGAAAUGUUUCAUAAGGUAUUACAUAGCCUUAUUACUCUUCCUUAGUGUUAACUUUUUUUUCUGCCAGAUGUCCCAAUUUAUACAGUUUCUUUAGAAUAAUACAUUUUAUUUAUAUUUAUUGAAUCUGAGUUUUUUGUAUAUUGGUUUUAUGGUGACGUACAACUAGUUCUGUAUUUGAAAGUGCCUUUGCAGCUCAGAACCACAGCAACUAUCAAAAAUAAGUUUAUUAUUUAUUUUUUUAUUGUAUUUUUGUUGGGGGUGGGGUGGGGGGAACUUGUCAGCAGUUGCUGGUAAAUGAAGAAUUUAAAGAGGAAAAUGUGUCAAAAAUAGAAGUUUGUAUAGAUAUGUAAAUAAUUCUUUUUUAUUAAUCACUGUGUAUAUUUGAUUUAUUAACUUAAUAAUCAAGAGCCUUAAAAUAUCAUUCCUUUUUUAUUUAUAUGUAUGUGUUUAGAGUUGAAGGUUUUUGAUAGCGUUGUUAAGCUUGUGGCUUCUUUAUUUUGAAUUUAUUUUCUUGUUACAUGUUGCCUAUAUGCCAAAACUAAGGUGUUCUAAAAUAGUUUAUUUUUAAUAGGAUGGGCUUUCAUGCCUUGAUGCUGGUUUUUGUACAAUGUCAAAUGUUUGAAACACCUUCCAUAGUAUCACUUUAAGACUAUUUGUAAUUACUGACUGAGGCAGUUUAGAUAAUUAGACUAGAAAUUUUUUUUGCUGCUUUAGACUUGAAAACGAGUGACAGGCAGAUAAUCUGCUAAGAAGCAGUUUAAGGGAACAAAACUGAGCUAUUACUUUAUGUAGAUGAAAUGUGAGUGGUUGCAUGUAAUUAAAAUAUCAAAUUAGCGCGUGAAGUUGGAAACACAGCAAUCUUAUUUUGUAAAUUCUGAUUAUUUUUUUCACCAUGAAUAUGUAUUACUGAACCACUUGUAGAUUUGACUUUUUUGUAAUCUACUGCAUUUAGGGAGUAUUCUAAUAAGCUAGUUGUUGAAUACUUGAACAGUAGAAUGUCCAGUAAGAUCACUGUGUAGGUUUGCCAUAGAUUACACUGCCCGCCUUAACAAGUGAGGAAAUCAAAGUGCUAUUACAAUGUUUAAGAUCAAAAGGCUUAUAAACAUAGUAAUCUCAGUGGUUAACCACUGAGAUCAUGAAGAUACCUUGUAUUGUGAUAUUAGUGUUAUAUGAAAAUGCAUCUUUGAUGUGUUGUUCCUGGCAAUAAAUCUUGAAAAGUAAUAUUUAUUAAAUUUUUU